AGUAAUGCUAUAAAACGUAUUUGGCGUGACUCGGCUUUGCCAUUGCUCGCUCGGCACUCGACCAGCCGCCCCAAAGAUGAAGCUUCGCGUGUUCCUCCUUCUCAGCGCCGCCCUUGCAGCGACCACUGUCCAGGCCGUCGUCCAGCCGGGCAGGAAUCAGCAGCUGUUCAACCACAACCGGAACGGAUACCGCUACAACGGACCCGCCCACAAGUACCUGCCCGCCCAGGGGCCGCCCAGCACGGAAGCGGGCAUCAUCACUGGGCCCUGGCAAUCUCAUGGAUCUCAUGGCAAUCAAAUUCCACAAUCCCUGGAGCACUCUCAUGGGGCCAAUCAUCAACAGCAGCAGGGCUACAACGGUCCCUACAACAACCAGUACUACGGGGGACAGGAGCAGCAUCGACAAGAAGAGCACUCCUGGAAGCAGAAGCAACAGUUUGGACAACAGCAAAAUCACCAACAGAGAGGUGAACCCUGGCAGUCAUCUCAGGGACUUGCACAGGAUCAAGGCUUCCAGCAGCACCAGGAGCAGCAGUACCACCAGCACCAGUCCCAAUCACAUCAUCAACAAGGCCACCAAGAAGUGGAAUACGCUCCCGAGCAGCAUGGCAGGCCAGGACAACAUCAUCAACAAGGCCUCCUCCAGCAGGAGCCACAUCAUCAGAGAGCUGAAUCCUGGCAACCAUCUCAUGAGCAAGGCUUUCAGUAUGAGCAACAUCGUGAAGGGCAACCAUCCGAUUUUGCCCAAAACUCUGAUAGAUUUCCUUCGGCUCUCGCACAUGCCACCAGCCAUAAAACUGUUGCUGCUCCUGCCCGCGAUAUCAAGCUUGUUCCAGCUUAUACUCUUUCUAGUUAUUCGGACCAAGAUCGCUUCAUUGGAUUGGAUGCUCUCGACACUCGCCUACUGAGCCAAUCCCUGCCAGAGGCCUACCAGCGGGUUCCUUUCAACGCUGUCCAGCCCUCCAGCCACCAGGGACUAGGCCAGGUCCAAGGUCAGCGGCAUGAGGAGCUGUUGGGGGGCUCUCCCCAGCAACAGGAGAGCCAGGGCUAUGUCCAGAUGCAAUCGCACUCCUACGAGCUGCCUUCGUCCCAUACCAUGCAGCGGGAGUGGCCCCAGCAGCUGCAGCAGCAACAGCAGCCUCAUAACUCAGGAAAUCGUCAGUACUCGGAAAGUGCCUUUGCUUUCUCCUCCAACCAAUCCCCAGAUUCCAGCAGCCACUCGUCUAACCCAGCCGUUCACCCCUCAAGCCCAUCCAUUCACUCUUCGAAUCCGUCCUACUCCUUCCAGAACUCCUUGAGCCAUCCCAGCCGCGAGUUCCAGCCGCCCUACUAUAGAUAGUCCUCAUCCUUCAUCCCCUGACGACUCACUGGGAUCCAUCGCCUGCCAUAAGAUCCCUAGUCUGAGCAUCUUGUUCCAUAACUUCCCUGGACUUCUACUUCUGCCUUUCUUAGACCUGAAAUGCAUUUAGUUUGAGCAGGAAUUUACCUUUUAACUAUCUUUUUUUUUUGUACUAUUUAAUCCAAUAAAUUAUGUCAUGAGCAGAA